CUCCAGUUUUGUUCAUUUCUGUUGGCGGCUAAAGUUUCGCUUCUCGGCCUCGACUUGAUUCGGAGCAACGCGAUAAUAACCAAUUACCUCCGAAUCGCGUUUAUUAGCGUGAGCUACAAAACCCGCUAAUGUUUUUUCCCCCCACCCGGGGCUUGGAUAUUUUUUCUCUCCUUUUUUUUGUUGUAAGAUGCCGUAUAGCGAGGGAGAGCGGAACACAUUUGAAAAGGCCGGGUGAACGGAGCGGCAGCCGCCAGCCAAUCGGAAGUGAGUAUUUUUCGCGCUGAUUGGGGCGAGUUUCCCCGCAAAGCUUCAACUCGAAUGAAUAGGAGGGUCGGAGGAGCCGCAAUGCUUCGAACAGAUCUUUGAGUGGCACCGAUGGACAGUAAGGGAGGAUCUUUACCUGCAAUGCCUGAGCCAAAGACCCCCACCAGUAUGAAGCAGUUGUCCGAAUCUCCAUGUGGAUGUAAGGGACGAGGCGAUGGAAGCACAGAUCCAGCUCUUCUCAUGGAUAAAGCCGCCACGCCCCAUGAUGGGGUUUUGCAGAAGAUGGGCAACCCUAACCACGCUCACGAACACCUGGAUCUGACCUGCUUCUUCAACUCUGAUCAGGAGACAAUGUCGAAGUUCUGCACGUCUCCCCCCGGAUCGCCCCUCCGUAAAGCAGUAGAAUCGGGAACUCCGCAUAGCAGCCCGCAAAGGAAGCAAGACUCCCCGGAGCUCACACUCAAAAUAACCAAACAUUUGCCCAAUGGAAAGUCGCCAACGUCGAGCAGGUAUGAAGCUAGCUAUGGAGAAGAGGGCACAGAGGAUACGAAUGCAGCUUUAAGUUUAUCAGAAGGAAUGAUUGCUCCUGCCAGCAUUGCCAACGAAGGAAGCAAGUUAAGGGGACCAGUGAAAAAAGUGCCACCGAGCAGACGGCACCCUAUCGACCCCGUGAUUAAUGGCUGUGAUAGAUCAGCUUUCACACACACUAUCAUAGAAGCACGUGACAAGCCCAGAGAGUCAUAUGACCCUGCUCCUGAGAUUGAUGUCCUGACCUCUGAAUCCAGAGAUGCUGCUGUACCGACCUGUGUAACUUCAGACGCUAUGCCUAUACUGGAUGCUGAGGGGGAUACGAGUGUUCAGAGUAUGGAGGACGUGCAGACAUUGCUGACAGAGGAGCAACCCAGUGUCCAGUUUUCUGUGGGAGAUGUUGUCUGGGCUAAGGCGUCUGGAUACCCAUGGUGGCCAUGCAUGAUCACUACAGACCCAGAGUUCAAACUUCACUUCAGACAGAAAGCAAACAAGUGCAGAGGAUUAUUGUUCCAUGUACAGUAUUUUAGCGACACACCAGAGAGAGGAUACAUUGCUGGGAAGAACUUGGUAAUAUUCUCUGAGAGAGACCAAUAUCAAACACUGUGCUGCGGAAAUAAAAAAUCCACUGUCCGCUCUGAUGACAAGAAGCUGUCGAUUCCGCGUAAGGUGCGGAUACCAUGGGAUACGGGCGUCUCCCAGGCAACAGAGGCAGUAACUUUACCGUUGGAGGAGCGACUGGCCAAGUUCAGCUUCACAUAUGAGGGCAACCAACCACGGUUCAACUCUCAUAUGCUGCAAGAACUUCAGUGCAAACAGGAGAGUCAAGAAGAAUUUCCAGAUACGGCUAGUCUCACUCCUCCUGACUCCACUCAGUCCAGCCCCAUCACUCUACAGACAAUGAGCAACCACCUUACCCACCCCCUGAGCUCCAACAGCAGCACUUCACAAAGGAAAACGCCCCUUCCUACUAAAGCACCUAAAGCACCCAAAGCCCCAGCCAGCAAGGGGCAAAUCAGCCACAAGGAGCAGAAUGCUCACUGCAAAAAAAGCAAGAAAGUCGUUCCUGUUGUAGUUUCCCCUCAAAUUGACUCUGAACAGGAUAUUUCCACUGCUGCAGAUAAACCUUUGACCAACAAGAGGAAAAUGAAUAAAUCUGGAAUAUUCACAAAAGACUCCUCUUUGAAAGAGGAUCUCCUAUUUGCUGAAAUUGACCCCCACUUGAAAGCAACCCAGAAAAAGCAGAGAAAACUCAAACAGAAGUUUCCAGCUGCACCAAACUCUCUGAAAAGGAAGAAAAUUAAAGCAUCUGCUGUUAUUGCUGAAAGACUAAAUACAGAGUUAUUGAAGCCAGUGGUUUUGGAUGCCGAAGUCUCCAAGAUGAAGAGAAAACUAAAAAAAGAAAAGGACGAUGCUGUCUUUAAAGUUAUGAAGAAGGCCUCGAAGCGUACACUUGAAGAUCUCGUUGUGGAGGAUGUACCUCAACCAAAGAAAAGGGCCAAGCUCGAGGACGGGGUAAAAUGGCGCGAGCCGUUAAAGACAGCUGAGCCUCCUGUCGCUAUACAAAGGCGAAAGAGACCGAAAUCUGCUAUCGCUGAAAAGAGAAAGAGACCCAAACCAACAGUCACCGUAGAGCCUAAAAGGAAGGGAAAAUGGGUUAGGAAGCUAAACCAUGAAGAUUGCAACGAGUCACCAGUCAAAUCAGUUUCAUCAAAGAAGCGCAGCCCAUCAACCCAGACUUCCUUUCAGGAGAGACCCGAUUCUCCCUCUGAUGAAGCCCAUGCUACCAGGAAGGCAGAGCGUGCAGUCAGUAAUAAAAAAGAGAGUGUGUGUCAGGUUUGUGAAAAGACAAGUGAGGACCUGGUGACAUGUGAAGGACAAUGCUAUGGUUCAUACCACCUGCAGUGUAUGAGUUUGGACCAACCACCAGACAAGGUGCUCUGCACUGCUUGCCGCACAGGCGUGCACCCAUGUUUCACUUGUAAGAAGUCUGAAGGGGAGGUGAAGCGCUGCAGCGUUUUACACUGCGGUCGCUUCUACCAUGAAGCAUGCUUGCGUUUAAGUGCGCUGACCGUUUUUGAUAACAGAGGAUUCCGCUGCCCACUACACACUUGCCUCAGCUGUCACUGCAGUGGCCGUGGCACAGCAAAAGCCACCAAAGGGAAGAUGAUUCGCUGUCUGCGCUGUCCAGUAGCAUGUCACACUGGGGAUCUGUGCAUAGCAGCCGGCAGUGAGGUGUUGACACCUACUACCAUGUUAUGUACCCAUCACUUCAGCCCUAAAAAAGGCUACAGACAUCAUACACAUGUCAAUGUCAGCUGGUGUUUCAUCUGCUCCAACGGUGGCAGACUCCUGUGCUGUGAAUCAUGUCCAGCUGCCUUUCACCCUGACUGUUUAAAUAUAUCCAUGCCUGAUGGCAGCUGGUUCUGUUACGACUGCCGCUCAGGCAAGAAGCCCAAGUACAGGGACAUUAUCUGGGUCAAACUGGGCAAUUACAGAUGGUGGCCAGCAGAAAUCCGUCACCCCAGGAACAUCCCUACAAACAUCCAGCACCUACGUCAUGAGAUUGGCGAGUUUCCUGUUUAUUUUUUCGGAUCAAAAGAUUACUAUUGGACCCACCAGGGCCGAGUUUUCCCGUAUAUGGAGGGAGACAGGGCCAGCAGAAACCAGAAGACUGGUAUUGGGAAGGUUUUUAAGAAUGCUGUGCUGGAGGCCGAGGCUCGGUUUAACCAGGUCAAAAUGGAGAGAGAAGCUAAAGAAGCUCAGGAGAACAACAGGAAACCUCCUCCAUACAAAUAUAUCAAGGUCAACAAACCAGUUGGACAUGUGCAGAUUUACACGGCGGACAUCUCCGAGAUCCCCAAGUGCAACUGUAAGCCGAGUGAUGAGAGGCCAUGCAGCUUUGAAUCGGAGUGUCUGAAUCGCAUGCUGCUGUACGAGUGUCACCCUCAGGUCUGUCCAGCUGGAGAUCGCUGCAUGAACCAGGAUUUCACCAAGCGCCUCUACCCCGAGACCAAGAUCAUCCGCACAGCUGGAAAGGGCUGGGGUCUCAUUUCACUCCGAGACAUCAAGAAGGGGGAGUUUGUGAAUGAGUAUGUGGGGGAGUUAAUCGAUGAGGAGGAGUGCAGAGCCAGGAUCAAAUAUGCCCAAGAAAAUGACAUCACACAUUUCUACAUGCUUACCAUUGACAAGGACCGGAUCAUUGAUGCAGGCCCAAAAGGGAACUACUCCCGCUUCAUGAACCAUAGCUGCCAGCCUAACUGUGAGACUCAGAAGUGGACUGUGAACGGAGACACUCGUGUGGGUCUGUUCGCUGUGUGUGACAUUCCAGCAGGGACAGAGUUGACUUUUAAUUAUAAUCUGGACUGUCUGGGGAAUGAGAAGACGGUUUGUCGCUGUGAUGCACCCAACUGCAGUGGUUUCCUAGGAGAUAGACCCAAGAUCACCCCCACCUCAGAGCCCAAAGCCAAGAUACAGAAGAAGAAACCCAAGCGGCGGCGUGCUCGUAGUGAAGGAAAGAAGCAAUCCGAGGAUGAGUGUUUUCGUUGUGGUGAUGGAGGACAGUUGGUUCUGUGUGACCGCAAGGGCUGCACUAAAGCGUACCACCUGUCCUGCCUCGAUCGAACUAAGAGGCCAUUCGGUCGUUGGGAUUGCCCCUGGCACCACUGUGACGUGUGCGGCAAACCGUCCGAUGCCUUCUGUCAGCUGUGUCCCAACUCCUUCUGUAAGAGUCACGAGGACGGCACGUUGAACCCGCACCCUACCAGCGGCCUGCUGUGCUGCCAAGAGCACGACGACUCGGACCCGCAGUCCACGACGCCGCUCGCCCAGAAGUCCAGCAACACCACUAAACCCCCCAGACGCGGCCGUAAACCCGGGGCUCUGAGCAGCGCCGAGCCUGCAGCCGAGAAGCGCUCGAGGAAACACUGUGCCAAGAGCAGAAGAGUCGAGCUGCUGAAAGCGUUCCUCCCGUCCCGGCUCUUCCCUCCACGACCUCGCCAUGAUUCAGUGGUCUUGAUCUCAACGUGACUGUUCUCCCAAACUGAAAGCACUGUCUGAUCAGGGAAGUAUCCGAACACUGUAGAGCUCGAUGAAACUGCCACGUCCGGUUCCACCCCUCACUCAACAUCUCGCUCGGAACCGAGCGCUGAAGCCACCACACCAAACAGCCUCAUUACUACACAGCAUUAUAGAGGCCAAACUUGAAUCUUUUUUUUUUUUUCCUUUUUUUUUUUUUUUUUUUUUUUAUAUAUAUAAACACCUGUUUUAAUCGUUCAGAUAGAUUAUUAUAAUUUUUUUAACAGUAGAUAUGUAUAUUGAAAUGUAUAUGAAAGACCAAAAUUAUAAUAAUACUGGAAUUACUGAUAGCAACAGAUUGCGAUUGUGUAGUCUUCAUGUUUUUUUGUUUGUUUUUUCCUGUUUGUUUUUGUUAAACAGCCAGUUGUACCGUUAAAUGUAAGACACUAUGAAUAGCUUUUGAAUUGUUUUAAUAGUUAAUAUAGAGUGCAUUUAACUAUAGAGCAGCACAUUUUUAGCACGUUAAACUUUUUUUUUUUUUUUUAGCUCAUUUUUUUGAGUUCUUGUAUCAUGCUAGAAGGUUAAAUGAGUCUCUGCUAAAUCUACCUAUUCAGAGUUUAAAAAAAAAAAAGACAGUUAAUUGAGGAUUAAGUCAGGCGCUUUUUGUGAGGUUUGGGUGAAAUAAAGCUUUUAAAAAAUA